GUGGUACAACAAUUUGAUGCUGUGAUGGGCCUCACUUGUUAGGCUUAUAAAUAAGAGAAAGUAACACUUCCUCCGUUUCAAAUUAUUCAUCUUAAAUUUUUUAAUUUAAUUUUUCAUUUUACUUGUACUUUUUCAUUAAUCAAGAGGAGAAUUUUUAGUUUUUUAUGUUUUACCUUUUAUAUUAAUUAUUUUUUAAAAAAAAUAAAAUGUAAACAACAUAUAUUAUGGUAAAUUAGAUAUAUUAUUAAUUAUUUUUUUUAAUUAAUGUGUUAUCUCAAUUUGAGACGGGAUUAAAUGGCGAAGAGUAGUGUUAUCACAAACACUUGCCAAAUGGCAAAACUUAAACCAUGUAUAGGGGAGUUAUAUGUUUAUUCGUGUGACUUGUGGAUAUAAUCAGUUCUGGAAUAUCCAUACUCAAGAGACGGUCCAUAUUCCAUACCCAAAGAACAACAAAGUUACUAUAGUUGAUAGCAUCAAGUUUAGUUUUCUUAAUCCAUGGCUAUUCAAUGCAAUUUUGUUCCACACUUCACCUGCAGAUCACCUAGCAAAGAGAUGCCCUCAUCAUUGGUCCGUUUAUCUGCAACACAAAAAGUUCCCUUUUGUGUUGAUUCUACCAAAUUCAAGCUCUCAUCAGCUCCCAGGUUGCAGAAAGUCUUCUGUUCUUCCUUGGUUUCUGAUGAGAGAGCUGUGGAGUCUAAUUAUUCUGGUGUCGAUAUGUUGAGACUAACUUACUUGGAGGGAAAUAGCUGGUUGUGGGAAGUAGGAGGACUAAAAAUUCUGGUUGAUCCAAUCUUAGUGGGUAACUUGGACUUCGGAAUUCCACUGCUAUAUAAUGCUGCUAAAAAAUUUCUGAAGAAUUUCCAGCUCGAUGACCUACCGGUGAUAGACUGUUUACUAAUUACACAGAGCCUAGAUGAUCAUUGUCAUCUCAAGACAUUAAAGCCUCUCUCAGGGAAGUUCCCAAACCUGAGAGUUAUAGCAACUCCAAAUGCUAAGACACUGCUGGAUCCUCUAUUCAGCAAUGUCAUCUACUUGGAACCUGGCCAGGAUUCUGAGAUUGAAGUGAGCAAUGGUGUCCAGGUUAAAAUUAAGGCUACUGCAGGGCCAGUACUUGGACCUCCUUGGCAGCGACCUGAGAAUGGAUAUCUUGUCACAGUUGCUUCUCCAAAAGGUGCUCUUACUCUCUACUAUGAACCACACUGUGUCUAUAACAAGAUGUUGUUAGAGAAAGAAAAGGCAGACAUUGUUAUUACUCCUGUCAUAAAGCAACUGCUGCCAAACUUUACAUUGGUUUCCGGACAAGAAGAUGCAGUUCGACUUGCAAAACGCCUUUCUGCAAAGUUUGUUGUGCCCAUGAAGAAUGGUGACCUCGACAGCAAAGGGCUUCUAGCUAGUCUUGUUCAAGCUGAAGGAACAAUUGAAUCGUUCAAGCAACUUUUGUCAAAAGAACUACCAGAUACAAAGGUACUAGAAGCUACUCCUGGAGAACCACUGAAUAUCUCAAUAGCUGUAUAAGAGGAGAGAUGUUUAUCUGAAACCAGUUUGGCCACACGUGGAUCCUGUAUUAUUUAGUGCAAAAUUUGAAUAGCCAUAUAAAAUUAUUUUUAAAAAAUAAAAGGCAUUCCGAUGUGUUUCAUCUCC